AUGCAGACGUCCUCCGUUCUGGCCAUCGUAUCCUUCCUGGCCGUUCUAUUGUCUUGUGCCUUUGCCGAAACAGACUCUGUUCUCGAUUAUGAUGAUCUCGACGAGGUGAUGGCAAAAAGAGCCUAUGCCGGCCCACUGAUUCGAUUUGGGAAGAGGAGUAUGCAAAGAGCACUGAGAAAUGUAAGUUUCAGAAAACUAAAACCUUGUAAUUCCGUAAGGCCUGUGUCAAACAGUAAAACGUAGUAUUAAAACUAUUUCAACUACAGUCGCCCAUUACCGACCCUUUGAUCCGCUUUGGCAAACGCAGUGAUGUGAUUGAGAGCAAGCGGCCGGAUCACUCGCCCUUGAUUCGGUUCGGAAAAAGAGCCGCCUUCCGUUCAGCUCCACAUAUCCGUUUUGGGAAGCGUUCCGACGAUGACGCCUUAUACGAGUGGUAG